UUGGACUUAGCCUACCACACUCGCAUCCCUCUCUGCAUUUCUGUUGCCUCUCUCUCUCUCUCCAAACUGUCCAAGUGUCUCUCUGCCUUCAGCACUCCAUAAAGACUACAAGGGGCUCAUCUCAAACUUUUACCACAGACAGAAAAAGUUUGGCGAUAUUGACUUUUACCUUCCUUUCUCUCUGAGUGCCUCAGUCAUCACUCUGCUCUCUCAUUCAUUCUCUCUCGACCUGACAACUUUCCUCCUCACUCUGACUUGAAGAGUGCGAAGAAGGAACCGGAGCACGUGACAAUUUCCGGAGUUCAAUUUAUUUAUUAAUUUUCAAUUUAUUUAUUUAUCCACGUUUGUUUGCUGGUUUAACUACCCCUUGGAUCCGAAACAUUAUGAAAUUGCUGCUCGACUCCUCCUCAUCCCUCCUCUUCUCACUGCUAUUGGCUCAGCUGCCUGUGUUCACGUCUGCCUCUCCGGUACCACAGCGGCGGCCCACAGACAUGGAUAAACUGUCCAAUCAGACCAAAAAUCUAAUGAAGCUCACCCAAGAGCUGCUGAGGGAGCAUGCAUUUGACUCAGACGUGGAGCCCCACAGGUUCAGGUCCCUGCCAGAAAUGAGCAACAGAUCAGCCAAUGACCUCAACAAUCUUGAGCUGAAGCCCACACUCUCUCAGCUGCAUGCUGACCUGAAGCUGUAUGAGCACCACUUUGAGUGGCUGAACAGGGUUUCAAAGAAGCACCACCACCCUGCAGUGCCCAAGCUUGUAGAGAUGAUCAGAGAGAUGAAAUCUCUUAUCACCCUGCUGCACCGUCAGAUGCAGAAAGUUGAAGCACCAAGGCUGACUCCGGCGACCCCGUCCCUCCCCCCUCAUCUACCCUAUCAGUUUGAUGUCCUGCAGUCGAGCCAUGAGCUUCUCCAACACUUCAAGCUCUUUUGUGAUUGGGCAUACAGAGCAUUCGUCAGCCUCAAGCCAAAGGUCCCUGCAGUGCAAUGAUGAUCCAAGCACAUUAAUUAUUUUCCUUUUAACUACUUGGCUACAGAGCCAGUGAGGAUACGUGGAGUCCAGCGUCAGCCAAAGGGGAAUUAGGACCAUGUCAGUGUGCACUGUUGUCAAUAGCAUCCUAUAGGAGGCCCAAAUGUCAAAUAAUGACAUGUGUGUUGAAGAAUGUGUCUUUCCAUCAGAGCCAAUAAGGAUGCGCAAUACUGCAGCCAGUUACAACCGUCAAGAUCCCCGUUAAAAGCCAGUUUAACUACAUGAUUCCCUAAACUCUCCCCAUUAAGGCCUUGUUCAUGACCAUGUUAUUUAUGUAUUUAUUUAUUUAUUGACUGUUAGUAAUUUAUUUAAUUUUAUUUAUUUGAAGUUGUAAUGUGUCACUUCCAUCUUUAUUUUCUGUAUUAACGUGAAUUCAUCAGUAAUCUUAAAUCUCUGUAAUCUUUCUUUUUGUCUUGUGUCUCACUGAUCCUCAAGCAAAACACAGUAGCACUUCCUGAACCUAUAGCUCUGAUAAUGACUUUUGUUUAAACAAACGUAUGCUACUUUGCAUUUGUGUCUUUCUUCAGCGAAUAUUUCUUCCAGUAGAUGUAGCAUAUAUUCGGGAUGGCCAAGGUUUUCACUAUCUCUCACUUACAGUGCCCUUAAAGUAACCAUUUUAGUUACAAUGUUAAAUGUGCCAUGUCUUAACAUAUCAAUUGAUGGCCUUUGAAAUUGAUUGCAUUGCAUCUGAAAAUGUCAAGAUGGUAAUCGAAGAGAAGUAAAUGCUUUCUUUUGUACCACAGGCAGAGUUGCCAUUUUAGAUGCCUGUUUGUCGCAUUCUGAAUGAGGAGGCAUAUUUAACAUUGUGGUAAAGUUAUUUGAAUGUGCCCUGUUGCUGAGCACUGAUGGACCGGAUUAGAUUCUUUGCACAAACCUGUUAGGAUUAGCCUCUUGGAUGAGUGAGAUGGCUGAUUUUGAACCUGUGCUUUUGGGUAGAAAAGAUUUUUUUAGUUAAACACCCAAAGCCUUAAAAUACUAUGUAUUGUGACACUAUGUUCUGUACUGGUGUACAUAAGUGUACAAGAAUGUAAAUUGCUCUAUACAUGUGCUUUUGUGUAUUAUGUUGUUUUCUACAAUAUAAUGUAGAUUACUUUACCAAUUUUAUCACUAUAUUUUUUGUUCAUUCCUAUUGUAGUAUUUGUUACAGUAUUGACUAUUUAUUUAAGUAAAGUGGUGGAACUAUU